CGGCCUACCUGCAGCGGCGCUGUACGGCCGAAUUCCGCACGCCUCGCUCCACCCCGGCCCAAAUCGAACGGGCCUUGGCCCAAGCCCGCGCUUUACUCACCCAACGACGCUUGCUUUAGUCCCCGGAUUAGCUGAUGGCCGGCGGCCAUGGGAUCAGUGCCUUAGUUCGACGAUCGCUCCAGAGUAAAUAUCGUUCCCGCAUCGAUUUCUCGCGGUAUCCUCAGAUUCCGCCCGAAGCGGUGGAAGAAAAAUUGGUGCUGGGCUCGGGUCCGGGUGGGCAGGCCGUCAAUAAGACGCGAAACGCGGUCCAACUCCGUCAUACGGUCACGCAAGUGGUGAUCAAGUGUCACGAGACCCGCUCGGUGGAGCGGAACCGCCAAUUAGCCUGGCAGCGAUUGCACGAGGCUGUGGAUCAACACUUGAAUCGGGAUCAGAGCGUGGUUCAACAGAUUCGCCGACUCGAAUCCGAGCAACGACGGGCUAAGAAGCUCGCGGCUCAAGCGCGAUUGGCCGCCAAACGAUUGGCCCAGUCGGUCGAGGCUGACACUGAGGCUGAAGCUAAUCCGACCAAGGUACCGGUGCCCACGGAAGCCGACGUGAUCGAUCCGCCCCAUCAAGGACCACCCCCGUCGUCACUUUAG